AUGAAGUCCACCACUUUCGCACUCGCUUCCGCCGCCGUCCUUCUGGGCGCCUCGGUCCCCGUCAAGGCUUUCAACCUUGCCUUCAGAAACAACUGCGGCUUUGACGUCUGGCCUGGUGUUGGCAAGGCUCCCAACGGCCAAGUCGAUGGAAGCGUCGCUUACGGCGUUCACCUGGCCCCUCAAGGCACCGCCAACUUUGGCGUCGACGACCACCAGAUCGGUAUUCGUUCUUGGGCCCGUCUGGGCUGCGACGGCAACGGCGACAACUGCCAGUCCGGACACAGUCUUGGUGGCCUGACGCCUACCGAUGCCGGUAUCAACGCUGGUGUGCUCUACAGCGAAUUUGGUUUUGGUGACUUUGGCGCAUACGGAGGUCAACGCAUCUCUUGGGACUUGAGCCACGUCGACGCGUCCAUAAACGUCGACACUUCCAUUGUCGCAUCCAGCGGAAACCCCAACUCUGCUACUUGCCGUCAGAGCAACUGCCCUGCCGACCAGGCUUACGAUGUCUACAAUGAUUACGCCGCUGACCGCAACUCUGACCUUGGAAGCAACUUCCAGAUCACGUACUGCCCUUAAGCGCGAGCAAGCUGCGUGCACGCCGACCUUGCCGUACAUUUUAACACUCAUGGACUUUUGACACUAGUCGCUCGGCAGCCCGAGAUCAACGUACCUAAUCAGAUCUUCUCCGUAGUGCAAAAGCUCAGCUUCCCUUGUGUGUGACGUGGACGUGUUCGGUGUGAUGGGGUGUUUUUAAUUUG